AUGAAAUACCAGAAGUCGAGGUCCACCUCGUGGUCUGAAUUCUGGCAACGUGCAGAACAGCACGAGCUUUGGGGACCGAAUCAUCCGGUUAAUCGACGGAUGACUCCGUCCCAGAAAGGCCACGCAGUGCCCAUCGCGAUCCACGGCGAUGAAGGGCAGGGCAAAAAGCAAAGAUCGCUGAUGGUGUUGAGCUGGUCGAUUGUCAAUCACCGCAAACGGCACAUCUUGCUUUACAAAUACCCGAUCACUACCAUCAGAAGUAUUAACAUGGCUUUCAGCAGUGAAGGUGUCAACUUGACAUUGAUGGCUCUGCAGAAAGCCUUGGUCGAAAACCUUCAGUUUGCCGCCGAGCCGAACAACUGUCCAUUGGCCCCGGGCAAAGACUUCACACUGCAGCUUGCGAUCGCAAAGGGCGAUUGGAAGUUUCAGGCCUCAUGGCUCAAUGAGGUCAGAAGUUACGCAAAUCAUCCGAGUACAUCGGCUGACCGACCCGUUUUCUGUCGUCGCUGCCUUUGCACAGCCAAUGUGAACAGCAACAAGCAUUGGUUGGACAUGAAGGAUCGAGGCUGGUUCGAACCGGCCGAAGUUUCGGAUGUGCUCGAUGGCAACAUCGGCAGGGCCCUGCCGCUACGCUCGCUCAGCGGUUGGCAUGCUGAUAUGGCAGCCGCGGAUACACUGCACAGCUUAUGGCUUGGCUGUGCAAAGGAUGCCAUUGGAUCUGCAUUGAUGGACAUAUGCGAGUUUCAUGAGGCAUUCUCCUCAUGUACAGGCUGGGAUGAGGCACUGUCACAAUUGUGCUGUGAAUUCCACAGCUGGUGCGAUGAAACCGGGAUGGAGAAACACAAUUGCGAUGAACUGAACCUCACCAAGCUCGGGGUCAACUCGAUCACUUUUGAUUUCCCCUCUGGAACGUCCAAAGGUUUCACGAACCGGCUUUUAUUGGCCUUCGUCGCCAAAUUCUUGCAGGGCACUACAAACGAUAAAUUGAAAGUGCCAGCUGUCCUGGCUUGGGCGGUGACGGAUUAUGCUAAUGUUCUGGAAAACGCAGGGAUCUGGCUCACAGAGGCCGAAGCACUGCACGCCGCUGACUCUCGGUGGCUCAUGCAUAUUGUUAUUUGGAGAUGCUUAUCAUCGGAUAAAUCGUAUCGUAUUAGUCGAACCCGGUACGUCAACGAUUAG